UUGCUGCUUUGUUCCAUAUUUAGCUCCCGACAACUGUGCCGAGUGCAGGAACUCCCAAGCUCUGUUUUUCCCUCCUCCUUCUGCUGUCUCCUCUCCCUUAGAGCUCUCAGAAAUUGCUUUUUUUUUUCCCCCCCCCAUUGUCCAUAACUUAAUAUAUUUCCCUAUACUUAAGAAGAUGGCAGAAAAGCAGGAGGAGCCCAGCAACACCCAGAACGGUGAACCUGACAACGCAGAGGAGGGCGAGGAGAAAAAGAAGAAGAAGUUGAAGCGGGAAGACCUGCCACCAUUUGAAAUCGUGACAGGGGAGCGCCUCCCAGCCAUAUUUUUCAAAUUCCAGUUCAGGAAUGUGGAAUACAGCUCAGGCAGGAACAAAACCUUCCUGUGUUAUGUUCUCGAGACCCAAGGCAGAGAGUCAGUGACUUCCCGGGGUUACCUGGAAGAUGAGCAUGCGGCUGCCCAUGCAGAAAUGGCUUUCUUCAACACGAUCUUACCAAAGUGUGAAUCGAGCCUCCGCUACAAUGUCACCUGGUACGUCUCCUCCAGCCCCUGUGUGACCUGUGCCGACCGGAUUACUGAGACCCUCAAGAAGAACAAGAACCUGCGCCUGACGAUCAUGGUAGGGCGUCUCUUCAUGUGGGAAGAGCCAGAAAUGCAGGCUGCCCUGAAAAAAAUGAAGUCAGCUGGCUGCAAGCUGAGGAUUAUGAAGCCUCAAGACUUUGAGUAUGUCUGGCAGAACUUUGUGGAACAGGAGGAAGGAGAGGAAGCAAAGGCUUUCGUGCCAUGGGAGGACAUUCAAGAGAACUUCCAGUAUUACGAGGAAAAGCUGGCUGAGAUUUUGCAGUGAAGCUCACGACCAAUUCAGAAAAGGUCUAUUAAGAGAGAUUUGACAGACCUUACCAUCUGGGACACUCCUGUUUUCCAUAGCUUUGAUUCCAGCCGGAUGGAGCAUCAACUCCUGGAAGACUAGGCCCUGAGGGACUACAACACAGAUCUUUGGCGUUUGGAAUGUUUUCGGUUUAUUUUGUUUCUCCCCCUGAAACAAACCCAUGCUGCUCCUGCUGACAGGGAAAGAGAAGGUGAUGUACCGUGCAGUUCAAGCCCUGAAUAAAAAGGAUCAUAGUGGACCUACAGGAAAGACUGCAGGCCUCCCAAACUGGGAUUAUGAGAAAAGAUCUUAGAACAAAGCUGCCAAUUAGGUAAAUCCAUUUAGAAAGUCCCUACUUCAUAAAUAGUGAAAAGAAAAGGGGUUGAGAUGGGAAAAAAAAAAGUUUCCUUUCUCUGUCCUCCUCAGUAAUCAGAGCUGUGAUUCAAAUUAGGGCUAACUUGUUCAUUCGAAAUUAUGAUGGAGUCCUAAGUACUUGAUUUCAAAUACGUCAAAUACCUUCUCCCCCUGUUCAACGAUGUUUGCGAUAUAAAACUGGGAAACGCAAAGUGAAAUAAAACUGGAAGUCACUGCAAAACCUAUAGC